UUCACGACUCACACACAGUGACGUGUGUGCGUGAAGUGAUAUUGGGAAGAAUUGUGGUUUUGUUAGCAAACGCAAGAAAAUAUACAUUAAAAUUUGAUUACUUUCAACAUCUUUUGUGUCGUAUAUUUAAAUAUUGUUAAAAGCGGGAUACCAUAUCAUUUGUCUGCUUUGCCUGUAGUUAAAUUAUCAUGGAUAGUGCACCUUGCGUAUUUUUAGGCAUCAAAGUGAAGCCGGGGCCUAUUGAACGGUUUAAAUUAGAAAACUUCGGUCUCGAUAACACUGUAGAGAACCUAAAAAUUGAGGCCGAAAAGAAGUCUAACGUGCCGUCUGCAUCUUUGGAAUUAAUUCACCAUGGGAAAAUUCUCAAACCCGAAGCCACAUUACAAGACUGUGGGGUAAAGAGUGGUGAAAUGGUACAUGUUGUCAAAAAGAAAGUCCCGGCAGCUGCUCCUCCGCCCCCCACUUACUCGGAUGCUGAGUUGCAACAGAUAGCUAACUCGCUGAGAACAUUGGGAUGCACACCCAAUGCUCCCGGGUGGACUAGGGCUAUGCAGCUUUUAAACGACGAAUCAGCCAUGAACGAAAUCCUCGAACACGCCCCAUCACUCAGAGAGGAUUGCGUCACACUGUCAAUGCUACAUGAAGUGGAGUUAUUGGCCGCAUUGGGUGCCAAUGUGAGCACGAUGAGGCGAGCCGCCAACGCACACCCGGACUUGCCGGCGGCCUUAAGGCAUCUUACAAGGCUGGUGCACACAAGAGCCAAUACUUCUACUUCUAAUGACAAUGUGCCAACCUCUGGUUUUGCGUAUUCUCUUGAAGCGUUGUCUGAAGAUGAAGACGCGGAUGAAGAAGAAAACGAGGAAGGGGAACGGAAUACCAUUACCCAAGAACAGUUCGCUGCUGCGUUGCAGGCCGCGACGGAGGCAGUUUCGGGGUCCUCGAGCCGUGGCGGCGGCGGCGGCGGGCAGGAUUCCCUUCUGCGCCUGCUGCAGGCCGCCGGCGCCGGCUCCGGCUCGGGCAGCCUGCUGCAGGCCGCCAGCGCCGGCUCCGGUCGCACUGAUAGCAACGAAGAAGCGCCCGCUACCGGGUCGGCUACAGGUGCCAGUCGAGCUGUGAUCACUCCGGAAAUGUUCAGCGAUGCCAUCUCGGAGGUGUUCAACCGGACUGGAACAGCCAACAGACCCUCUGGCACGCCUAUGGAGCAAAGCACUGCGGCAUCGUCGUCAGCGAGUCCCGUGGGAGAGGACUUCUCGACGCAGCUGACGCGGAUGCACGAGAUGGGAUUACUGGAUGACGCACUGAACGUUCGCGCGCUACUCAUCUGCUCGGGCGAUGUCAACGCAGCUAUCAACCUGGUGUUUAGUGGCGCUAUUGCAGACGAAUAGGUCUUUUGAUCUUACAUAACCCGAUACUAGAUGGCACAGGCAUAUAUAGAUUUCAAUAUAUAAAUCCAAACCUAAAACUCAGUCCUAAACUCCAUGAAAUAGAUACUGGAUAACCAGAAAUCGACCUUGAGGCUCUUUGCUGACCCUAAGUUCAAUGGGAUUCUAGGGGUCAUGGCGAAAAUGAUCUUCUGUGUCUCAUUAGGAAAGGACAUGACGGUUUAUGAAGCCUUUAGGGCUGAUUUAGACGGCUCGCGAACUCGCAUGCGAUUUUAGUUACAUUGCGGACUGUGGAUUACAUCCAAUGCAACCGACCAAUCAAAACCCGCAAUGUAUGAAACUCGCAUGGGAGUUCUCGCAUCGUCUAAAUAGGGCUUUUCUUUCUACUUGUGGUUUUGUAAGUUAGUUCAGAGUUUCGGAACGAAUAAAAUUGAAGUGAAACAAUAUAGAUUUUUAAUCGAAUUUAAUUAAUACCUGUCAAUUUUGAAGAUUGCUUAAAAUUAAAUAUCACUGGAUGUAUGAAUCCAUAAGGGCAAGUGUAAAUAAUACCUACAAAAUAAACUAAUACUAUUUA